CUGAGAACUGCCUGGCGGAGUGAGGAGAGAAAGAGCGUCGAAGAGGGGGGACAGUCUCUCUCUCGCUUCAAUCUCAUCGCGUGAUUUCUCACUUUCUACACGCGAUCACAGCGGAAGCCGAGCUCGAAUUCGCCACCCCCCAGACAUGGAUUCAGAUGCAGACAUGGAAGAUUAUGGGUUUGAGUAUUCUGACGAGGAGCCUGAAGAGCAAGAUGUCGAUAUUGAGAAUCAGUAUUAUAAUACCAAAGGAUUGGUAGAAGCUGAUCCUGAAGGAGCAAUUAAGGGAUUUGCGGAGGUUGUGAGGAUGGAAGGAGAGAAGGGGGAGUGGGGUUUUAAGGCGCUGAAGCAAACAGUGAAGCUUCACUAUCGAAUUGGAAAUUACAAGCAAAUGAUGGAUGCUUACAGAGAGAUGUUGACCUACAUCAAGUCGGCUGUUACACGUAAUUACAGCGAGAAAUGUAUCAACAACAUCCUCGACUUUGUGUCGAAUGGUGCCAAUCAGAAUUUGGAGUUGCUCCAGGAGUUUUACCAGACUACCUUGAAGGCUUUGGAGGAAGCCAAAAAUGAGAGGUUAUGGUUCAAGACAAACUUGAAGUUGUGUAAAUUGUGGUUUGAUAUGGGUGAAUAUGGUCGAAUGAAUAAGAUUUUGAAGGAGCUCCACAAAUCUUGUCAGAAAGAAGAUGGUACAGAUGAUCAGAAGAAGGGCACACAAUUGCUCGAGGUUUAUGCGAUAGAGAUUCAGAUGUAUACAGAGACCAAGAACAACAAGAAGCUCAAGCAACUAUAUCUAAAAGCGUUGAACAUCAAGUCUGCAAUUCCACAUCCGCGCAUUAUGGGGAUUAUCCACGAAUGUGGAGGCAAAAUGAACAUGGCUGAGCGACAGUGGGCAGUUGCGGCUACCGAUUUUUUUGAUGCAUUCAAGAAUUACGAUGAGGCUGGUACCCACAGGAGGAUCCAGUGUCUCAAGUACUUGGUGCUUGCUAACAUGCUAAUGGAGUCUGAAGUGAACCCAUUUGAUGCUCAGGAGGCUAAACCGUACAAGAAUGACCCAGAAAUUCUGGCUAUGACAAAUUUGGUGGCUGCUUAUCAAAGGAAUGAAAUCCUUGAAUUUGAGAAAAUUCUCAAGAGCAACAGAAAGACAAUAAUGGACGAUCCCUUCAUAAGGAAUUACAUUGAAGAUCUGCUUAGCAAAAUCCGCACACAAGUGUUGCUGAAGCUCAUCAAGCCUUAUACCCGAAUUCGCAUUCCCUUUAUAUCUAAGGAGCUGAACAUACCUGAAAAGGAUGUGGAGCAGCUUCUUGUAUCUCUCAUCCUGGAUAAUAGAGUGCAUGGUCAUAUUGAUCAAGUAAACCAAUUGCUGGAGCUUGGUGACAGAUCAAAGGGGCUGAGGAAAUAUACAGCGAUUGAUAAAUGGAACACUCAACUCAAGUCACUUUCUCAAACAGUGACGGCAAGGAUUGGUUAGCAACAUGCAUUAAAACGGUAUAGCUUUGGUGCACGAAUAGAUAAGUGGUUAUUGUCGCAUGUGUUUCUUCGCCACUGUAUAUUCUUUAUCGUUACGGUCCCAACCUUUUUGAGGUUUUAUUGGAUCACCAUUACCUGCGAGGGAGAUAUCCAGGGGAACCCCAUUGGUGACCUCCUCUCCUUCCAGAUUGAGUUGUCCUGGUGUGUGGUUUUUGUUGGCCUAUGUGUCAACCCACCAGGACAAGAUGUAAACAAACAGAAUGAAAUGUUUUGAUGCGGUAUAAAAUCUGUUGCAACCUUCUGUAGACUCCA